AUGCCUCUUUCUUUCCAUCCAUCCAUCCUAGCCUGUUUUUUUCUUUCCAUCCAUCCAUCCAUCCUAGCCUGUUUUUUUCUUUCUAUCCAUCCAUCCAUCCAAGCCUUAUCACUGGCUGCGCAAUGCUUAAUGUCUCUUUAUAAAAAAAAAAAAAAAUUAUCUUUUCAUUCCAUUCAUAUCUAUCUAUCACUUUCCAUUCCAUUCGUAUCUAUCUAUCACUUUCCAUUCCAUUCGUAUCUAUCUAUCACUUUCCAUUCCAUUCAUAUCUAUCUAUCACUUUCCAUUCCAUUCGUAUCUAUCUAUCUCUUUCCAUUCCAUUAUAAUCUAUCUAUCUUUCCAUUCCAUUGUAUCUAUCUAUCACUUUCCAUUCCAUUCGUAUCUAUCUAUCACUUUCCAUUCCAUUCGUAUCUAUCUAUCUAUCUAUCUAUCUAUCUAUCUAUCUAUCUGUCUCUUUCCAUUCCAUUCGUAUCUAUCUAUCUGUCUCUUUCCAUUCCAUUCGUAUCUAUCUAUCUGUCUCUUUCCAUUCCAUUCGUAUCUAUCUAUCUCUUUCCAUUCCAUUCGUAUCUAUCUAUCUGUCUCUUUCCAUUCCAUUCGUAUCUAUCUAUCUGUCUCUUUCCAUUCCAUUCGUAUCUAUCUAUCUGUCUCUUUCCAUUCCAUUCGUAUCUAUCUAUCUGUCUCUUUCCAUUCCAUUCGUAUCUAUCUAUCUGUCUCUUUCCAUUCCAUUCGUAUCUAUCUAUCUGUCUCUUUCCAUUCCAUUCGUAUCUAUCUAUCUGUCUCUUUCCAUUCCAUUAG